CUGCUGAGUACUGCUAUUCCCGACGGGCCAUGAAGGCAGCGGUCCAGACUGGAAGGCUCCAUGGUGAUGUUGUCACCACUCGGCCGCCUUUGGUCUUUCUGAAUGCAACAGCUUUGUCAACAUGAACCCGAAUGUUUGUCUCGGUCGUGUUGGGUUCGAGCCUCGCCUAGGAAAUUCCUUGUAGGCGCGUGCACACUUUCGGAAUGGAGUUUUUAACGAGCCUAGCUAGCUAGUCGCUGCGUCUUCGUCGUAGCCACAAUCAGCUAACCAGUUGUGUUGUUAGCGAAUAACAUGGCGAUUGUGUCUGGUUCCUGCGCCCGGGUGAACGGCUCCAGAAACGGGCCCUCGCUGCCGGUUUUGCCGUCCGGUUCCGUUGGACCAUCCCAGCCCAUGAUAGCGGUGUGGGAAUGGCAGGACGACCAGGGCUAUUGGCGGCCUUACAGCGGCCAAGUCAGCGCCUACAUCGAGCGUUGUGUGUCCCGGCGCGGGCCCAGAGGAGGCGGAGGAGCCGGCUCGACGAGCAUCUGCCUCGGACAGUCAGACCCCAGUCUGUCGCCCUACCUCAUUGACAUACCGAGCCUGAAGCAGUUCCGGCAGGACACAGGGACGACCCGGUCAGUGCGGCGCUCCCUGUUCGCCCAGUCUUCAGGCCUCGGCAGCGGUGUCUACUGGGAAUGGGUCAACGAUGAAGGAGGUUGGACUCCGUACGAGACCCGGACCUCCAUCCUUCUAGAGCACAGCUACCAGGCCCGCCAGGGCACGGCCGACCUGGGCCCGCAUGGGUACAAUUACAUAGUGGAUCUCACCUCUCUGGCCCAGGUGAACAAAUCCACAGGCUUCAGGCGCCAGGUGCGGCGACAGUGCAACCUCCCCUACCCGUUGGCCUCCUCCGGCCCCCCUGCCAUCCCCUCAGCCCCUGCCUGCUCCUGCCAGCAGUGUUUGAGCCACAGCAGCACCGGACCCAUUCCCAGCCGCUCACGCCAUUCCUUUUCCUCGGGGAGUCUGAACCGACCCAGCCUCCAGGGGAUGGGGUGGGUCGCUGCCGCUCACCCGACUUCUGUUUACUCGCCGUAUCCCAGGAGACCCCUCUCUGUGGGGGGGAUGUCCUGGGGCAGCCCCUGGCCCCCACUUGCCUCUGCUAGUCACAUACCUGCGCCACACCUGGGCAGCUCCACCAGCGUUAAUGGUUUAAGCGUUCCUUCCAUCUCCGUGCAGUUGAAUGGGUCGACCAGCGUGAGUUCUGCCCUGGCAGGCAUGGCCUCCAUUUUGAUGUCAGCAGUGGGACUCGGCGUGCACUUCACCUCCGCCCCCCUCCCUCAGCAGCAGCAUCAGCCGCCGCCGCCUGCUCCCUUCGCUCUUCCUCCUCCUCCUCCUCUCCUCCCCUCAGCCAGCAGACCCAACAAGCCCCACAGCAGCAGUUCAGUUAGGAGAGCAAAGAGGCAGCACAGGAGAGUUUCAGCACAUUCUCGACUUCUCUCUCCGCCAGUGCUGACUCGGAGCUCUGAGGACGUGAUCCGGCGCUACAUGGAGGUGGUGGCUGAGGUUCCCGAGGAGGACUGCAUCAUCUGCAUGGACCAGCUGUCCAGCCCGUCCAGCUACGAGACGCCGCCGUCCUCAGAGGACGGAGUUCAGAGCGUCCUGCCGGACACCGUGGGAAAGUUCAUCACAUGUGGACACACUCUGCACAUGCUCUGCAUGCUGGCCAUGUACAACAACGGGACCAAGGACGGCAGCUUGCAGUGUCCCUCCUGUAAGACAAUCUAUGGAGAGAAGACGGGCACGCAGCCCAAAGGCAAGAUGGAGAUCUAUAGUAUCGCCCAGUCGCUGCCGGGUCACCCAGACUGUGGUACCAUCCAGAUCAUCUACAGCGUCCCUCCUGGCGUUCAGGGUCCGGAGCAUCCCAACCCUGGACAGCUGUACACCUGCAGAGGAUUCCCGCGAUUCUGCUUCCUUCCCGACAACGACAAGGGCAGGAAGGUGUUGGAGCUGCUGAAGGUGGCAUGGAUGCGUCGCCUCAUCUUCACCGUGGGGACGUCCAGCACCACCGGAGAGCCCGAUACGGUGGUGUGGAACGGCAUCCACCACAAAACGGAGAUGAUGUCCAACCUGUCGGGCCACGGCUACCCCGACCCCAACUACCUGGACAACGUUCUGUCCGAGCUGGCCUCGCAGGGCGUGACAGAGGACUGCCUCAAGCCUCCGGGCAGCAGCUAGGACGCAGCGUCACAUUUUCUGUCACCGCAAACCUCAACCGAGCCGACGGCGGUCGCCAUCACAGGCCGCCGUGUUUCUGCACCUCGCAUCGCAGGAGCCUGAACUUCAAAAUAAAACACAUUGGGCCGACUUUAGUCUGCGCCCAGUUCAUCGAACCGCCGCUCUGGAAACUCGUGAUUCGUUUGUCGAAGCCUCAUCAGUAUCCUGGUUUUGAGUCGCCGUGGGAAACGGCGCUUAUUCUGGGAGCAGAAGUCUCAUGAAGCACUUUAGCUCCGACAGUGAAUUUGCUGGCAAAAUGCAGUUUUUGUUUGGUUUGUUAUUCCACAGUGAGAAGGCAGUCGGCUCCGUCGCAGCCGAGCAUUUCAGCAACGCGGCGAAACUCCAAGUAGCAAAGUCCGUUUGUACGAUUAUCAGUGAGAAGAGGCAACACUUAGUGCUGUAAAUAAACACGAGUGCAUCAAAAGUAUAAAAACAUCUUAAGUUUUGAUUUUUACAUCCAUGGUUGUUUUAAAGUCUAACGAGCCUUCUGCAGCCAUUUUCUUAGUGUUGAAUCUGAGAGGACGGAUCGAACAGCCUCAGAUUUUGACCCAGGUGGACGGGAGCGUGGAAGGUUCGACAGUGUGACAAUCAGAGUCGUCGUGAUUAAACGAGACGCGUGAAUUCGCCCGCGUCUGCUCGGCCGAGUCUCCACACAUGUACAUGCAACUGAAAAUGUAUCUGCAAUAAAGAAAUGAUGCAAAACCA